AUGGACCACGUCAUUGAAGCUCAGAUUAUCACGGGACACGGCAAAAAUGGUACCGUUUUUAUUCCGAAAAUUUCGCUAACCCCAACAGACUGCCCCUACCGUCUGCGGCGACUUCAAUUUCCUCUCAAACUCAGCUUCGCCACGACAAUUAACAAAGCACAAGGACAAUCAAUGAAAGUUGUCAGAUUGGACCUUCGAAUAUCAUGCUUUUUACAUGGACAGCUCUACGUCGGUUAUCCCAGAGUUGGCCAUCCAGACAACUUAUUCAUCUAUGCUGAAGGAAAAACCAAAAAUAUCGUCUACAUAGCAGCCCUACAGUAG